CCUGUGCGUCUCUUCUGUUCAUCCUGCCAGGCAUCAUGCUGCGUGUGCGCGUUGCGGGGACGCGCGCAUGGAGGGGGUUUAAAACGUUUCCGUGUUCGUCGUUGGACGUGAAGAACGAACCGAUCCUCGGAUUCAAUGACGGGAGUCCAGAGAGGAGAGAGCUGCUCCGGGCUCUGGAGGAGGUGAAGGGGAAGACGGAGGAGAUUCCUUGUGUUGUUGGAGACGAACACGUUUGGACCAAAGAUGUCAGAUAUCAGCUUUCACCGUUUAAUCACAAACACAAAGUGGCAAAGUUCUGUUACGCUGACAAGGAGCUGAUCAAUAAAGCGAUCGAGGCGUCGGUGGCGGCGCGCAGAGAGUGGGACCUGAAGCCCGUCCAGGACCGAGCUCAGGUUCUGUUCAAGGCGGCCGACAUGAUCAGCGGACCGAAGAGAGCCGAGAUCCUCGCCAAGACCAUGAUCGGACAGGGUAAGACCGUAGUGCAGGCAGAGAUCGACGCCGCUGCAGAACUCAUCGACUUCUUCAGAUUUAACGCCAAACACGCCGUAAAUCUGGAGAAACAGCAGCCGCUCGAUGUGGAAGGAAGCACCAACACCAUGCUGUACCGAGGCCUGGAGGGUUUCGUAGCAGCUGUGGCGCCGUUUAACUUCACUGCUAUUGGUGGAAACCUGGCAGGAACUCCGGCUCUGAUGGGUAACGUGGUUCUGUGGAAGCCGAGCGACACGGCGAUGUCAGCGAGUUACGCGGUGUACAGAGUUCUGAGGGAAAGCGGUCUGCCUCCAAACAUCGUGCAGUUCCUUCCUGCUGACGGUCCCGUGUUCGGAGACACCGUCACCGCCUCGGAGCACCUCGCUGGAGUCAACUUCACCGGCAGCGUCCCGACGUUUAAACGAAUCUGGAAGCAAGUCGCACAGAAUCUGGACUCUUACAAGACCUUUCCACGACUGGCAGGAGAGUGCGGAGGGAAGAAUUUCCACUUUGUGCAUAAGUCAGCGGACGUUGACAGCGUGGUGACGGGGACGAUCCGCUCCGCCUUUGAGUACGGAGGACAGAAGUGUUCGGCCUGCUCCAGGAUGUACGUUCCCGACAGCAUCUGGCCCACGAUCCGACAGAAGCUGCUCGACAUCCACAAACACAUCGCCGUGGGAGACCCGGUUGAAGACUUCAGCACCUUCUUCUCCGCUGUGAUCGACGACAAGUCGUUCGCUCGUAUAAAGAAGUGGAUCGAUCACGCAAAGUCGUCCCCGAACCUGAAAGUGAUCGCAGGAGGAAACUGUGAUGAUAAGAAAGGUUAUUACGUAGAGCCGACCAUCAUCGAGUCCAAAGACCCGCGGGAGGCCAUCAUGAAGGAGGAAAUCUUCGGACCCGUUCUGAGCGUUUAUGUUUAUCCAGAAAACGAUUAUAAAGAAGUUCUUCAUCUGAUCGACAGCACGUCUCCCUACGCGCUGACCGGAGCCGUGUUCGCCCAGGACCAGAGCGUCAUCGACGAAGCCGCCAAAGUUCUGAGAAACGCCGCCGGAAACUAUUACGUCAACGAUAAAUCCACCGGAUCCGUCGUUGCUCAGCAACCGUUUGGCGGCGCCAGAGCUUCAGGCACUAAUGAUAAACCAGGAGGUCCCCACUAUGUUCUGAGGUGGACGUCGCCUCAGGUGGUCAAACAGACCUUCGUCCCGCUCAGAGAGUGGAAGUAUCCUUAUAUGGGCUGAUCCUGCUCCAACCGUCCAAUCAGAGAAGAGAGACCGUCUCCUUGUCCCAAUCCAGAACAUACCCCGCCCCUAUCUCUGUUACCCCGCCUCCCUCAGUACCCCCCGCUCUGUUCACCCCCCCCCUCAGUCCCCCCCCCUCUCUGUUCACACCCCCCCCCUCAGUCCCCCCCCCGUUACCCCCCCAGCUUGCACUGAAUCAGAUCUUGAAUGUAUUUGAGGAGCAGAGUGAAAGUCUUCCAUCCAAACGAAGCUCACAGAUCUUCAUCAUGUUUUAAUUAUUUUAGCUUCAGCUCAGUUUAUCACACCUGCCCCCCCCAUUACUCCCCCCAUACCCUCCCACUAUUACCCCCCCCCCAGUAACCCCCCCCCCCCCCCACUACGCCCCCACUAUUACCCCACAUCAGCGGAAAGUUUUUAAAGGCAGAUUUGAAAAAUAAUCAGCAGCUAUUCUGAAUCAUCUUCUUUAUUUCUCAUUUAAACUCAAUAAUUUGACAUUUAAAGAUAUUUUAUAAAAUAAUAAUAAUAUUCCUACAAUAAUCUACUAGAUCCAUAGAUAGUGAAAGUAAAAGUCAGUCUGAGCCCCAAUUAAAAUGAUUUUAGGUCAAUAUGAGAAGAUAAGUGUUCUUCUAAGAUUAUGUUACAUCAUCAAACUUUUGGUUUUAUUCGUCCAAAGUUAAUAAAAGUUAAAUGUUUUUUAAAGUCGUGUUUCCUGUUUAGUCCCACAAUAAAAUCAUGUGUUUUAUUUUGAAAGCGAUGCAUGUGGUCAGAAGCUUCCUGCGUCUAAUUCUUAGUUUAAAUAAAUGAAUAAUUAAAACUAAUAAUAAUAAUAAUGAGAACUGUGUUAUUAGCAGUUUGAAGUGAGCUUUUUGUAUUUCUUCUUUUAUCACUUUGUGCAGGUGGUAUUUUAUAUUUGAAUCCUCUGCAGCUGAUCAUCAGACCUGCCGGCCUUAGAUAAUAAAUAUUAAAUUAUUAUCAAACUGGA